CGCACGCACGCACGCGACAAGACGCGACCCCGAAGAACGUCUCGCGCGCGCACCUCUCUAGACAGGCGGAGGGCAACGGAAAAUAACAGACACUAUUUAAAAAUAAUAAUAAUAAUAAUAAAAACCCAAACCAAAACAGUAAAAUAAAUGCGAGUCUGUGGUAGACAGAAGGAUCCUGAGAGCAGAGGUCGACCCGAGCUUUCUUAUCUGGAUUAUUAUUAUUAUUUGAUGUAUAUAUUUAUAAUGAGAUAAUUAAAGAUGAAGGCGGACAUGGUGAUGCUGACGAUGGUGUUGUCGUUAGGGUGAGAGGAGCACAAAAGAAAAAAAAAUCCUCUCACUGACGGAGAAGAAAGGGAAAAAGGAAAAGACAAACAACAAACCGUAAAGAAGAAAGAAAGGAAGGAAGAAAGAAAGAAAGGUAGCACAGCUGCUGCUCGGAUGCUGCCGCCAUCGCCGCUAUGCUAACGCGGAGCUGGGUGAUGCUGCUCGCGGGGCUCAUGUCAGGCUUCUUCCCGGACAGAGCUCACGGAGCCCCGCAGCCAGAAGUGUCUUUCUCGCGGGACGUGUCUCUCUCUCCUCCAGCCUACGUGGUCAUCCUGGUCUCCUGCUCGGGCCUCGUCUCCUUCAUCCUGCUGCUCCUCACCUGUCUGUGCUGCAAGAGAGGAAGCGUCGGCUUCAACGAGCUUGAUAAUACAGAUGGUGAAGAAUGUUCUAGUCCCGUUCCUGAGGACAGCGUGUCCUCGUGUGUGUCUCUGCCCGAGGUUUACACACUUCCUCUGCGAGACAGAGCAUGCUCAGCGCUGCCUAAUGGCACAGGGUCGAGUACCCAGUGUUUUCGCAGACACACUCUCAACUACCUGCAGGAGAUCGGAAACGGCUGGUUUGGAAAGGUGAUCUUGGCUGAGGUGCUGUGUGACUGCAGCCCCUCUCAGGUAGUGGUUAAAGAGCUGAAGGUCAGCGCCAGUCCUCUAGAGCAGCGCAAAUUCCUGGCCGAGGCCGAGCCGUACAGGAGUCUCCACCACCCCAACAUCCUGCAGUGUUUGGGUCAGUGCAGUGAGAGUAUUCCUUAUCUGCUGGUUAUGGAGUUCUGCCAGCUGGGCGAUCUCAAACGGUAUUUGAGAGCUCAGAGGAAGUCGGACGGCAUGACCCCUGACCUUUUGAACCGUGACCUUUUGACAUUGCAGCGAAUGGCGUACGAGAUAACGUCGGGUCUUUUACACCUUCAUGAGAACAACUACAUACACAGCGAUCUUGCGUUGAGGAACUGCCUGCUUACUUCAGACCUGACAGUCCGGAUCGGAGAUUACGGCCUCUCGCACAACCACUACAAGGAGGACUAUUAUUUAACGCCAGAUAAGCUGUGGAUUCCUCUGCGCUGGAUCGCUCCAGAGCUUCUGGAGGAGUUUAGAGGAGAAUUAAUGGUUACAGACCAGACGAAGACCAGCAACGUGUGGUCCUUAGGCGUGGUGAUUUGGGAGCUGUUUGAAUUCGGCGCACAGCCUCAUCGCCAUUUAAGCGAUGAAGAAGUUCUCACGUUUGUCAUUAAGGAGAGACAGAUCACGCUGGCUCAGCCCCGCCUCAAACUCUCCCAUGCCGACUACUGGUACGAGGUCAUGCAGUCGUGCUGGCUUCCACCUCCCCAGCGUCCGACAGUCAAUGAAAUCUUCAUCCUCCUUUCCUCUCUCCUGGCCGUGGAACAAGGAACGAGCAGGAGGAGUGUGGCCGAGGAUGAGGAGGAAGACGAGUACGAGGAAGCGCACGGCCGACGGCGGAGAGGAGAAAGCGAGGAGUCGUUCGAGAGGCGAUGGGACUCUCUUCGCCCCAGUGCUUUCCAGUCAGCUGCAGGUGAACGACAGAAAGACAGAGGAUACAGCAGAGAGGACGGUAACUCCUUCCCUCUUCUGGAUCCCGUGAAUUCGAUUCCUCCUUCGUCGCAUGAGCUCGACGACAUCCUGACAGUUACCGAGACUAGCAAGGGAUUGAACUUUGAAUAUUUCUGGGAGAAAGCACAUGGUAGAAGGGGUUAUAAACCACUUCCUCCUCCUCAGCCGAUACCCACGCCCGUCUCUGGUCAUCGGCAGUCUUUGGACACGCCUACAGUCGUGCCUGUGAUUAGUGCGCGUAGCCCUUCGUUAGCCAGUGAGUACUACAUUCGCUUGGAGGAACACACUCCACAGGACAAAUCCACUGAUCUUAAAGGGAAGCCAUCCUCGUUGCGAACUCGUUCUUCGACUAGUCCUGGCGAUUUGGAGUUAGUGGAGAUUCCUAGUGGGAUGCUCUGUAAGGGAAAGCCUACUUACCAAAACAACGUCGGACAAGGUGCCUCUCAGACACUCCAGACUGUGAGGUCCAGUGAAGUCCAAGUCCUGGUGCCAAACACGGGUCUGGUCGAGUUCAGUAAAGAAAGUUGUAGCAGAGUGACCGAUUAUGCAGUAGUGGACAUCGGAGACCUUAAAAGAGACCCGAACCUGAGACGCUCCGGAUCUGUAACAUCCCAAGUACCAAUCCUUCCACCGAAACCUCGCUCGAUGUCCAUGUCUUCAGGCAGCAAUCUGCUCUCUCGGCCCCUUCCCGUACCUCCGCCUGUAUACGCCCGCUCGUAUGGCCUAGGUCACUACCCUGCCCCGUCUUAUCCCAUCAGCAAAUCAGAGACUUCAGAUUCCUUGUUUACGAGCAGCUGUUCCACCUCAAAACCCAACUUUGAUCAUCUGGGUUUCAAUCGGACACACCAGAGGCUGCCUCCGUCUCCGUCGCAUUCGCCAUCCAUCCCUCCGUCCUCAGCCGGACACUCCAUAUUUCCUCCACCUCAGGGUUGCCCUCCACCCCUCCCUCCUCACUACAGACCCCAAAAGGAUCCCUUCCACAGUUAUGCAGGCGAAACAUUCCCCAGACCUAACAAUCCUGCGGUGCACUUAGAAAGAGACCCGUUAAGCUGUGACUAUUCUGAGAAGCGGACUGCUGACAGGAGCAUGACGUGUUCGCAGUCAUUGCACGACUCGACCUGCGUGAUGGACGAGUCCCCGGGAGGCAGAGAAUCACCCUAUUCCAAAAUGUUUCACUCAGAGUCGAUUCCAGGACUUGAGAGAAAGUCCUCCUCCAGCACGACGUAUUCAGAAGAUGACUACAACUCCCCAUUUGUUUCUCCCAGUAGACUCAGCAGCGGUACUAUCAUUGAGCACAUCAGCUUGGUCGACGACCCAGAUCCUGCUACAGUGGAACUGUUCUCCAGAGGAAUGAAACGAACCCAAUCGCGUCUUGAUACAAUUCUUCCAGCUCUCUGGAAGGAGGAGGACGCAGAGAUGCAUCGCGAGCGAGUUGCAGCUGCUAAGAAGUCGCCCAUACACCUGUUCCUGACGGAAAUCUCCAAUGAACCGUUGGACUCCAACGUGGGGGAAGCCUCAUGGGGCAGGGAUAAUGACAAGCACAGUGGAUUUAAAGGGAUGCGGCGCUCCCAGUCUCUCCUCACCGAACUAGACUCAGCCACAAAAGCAUGGGCUUCUGAUAAAACCACAGAAGAUGACGGUAUUAAAAAGAGAGACUUGUUCCUCACUGAGAUUGACACCGCAAUGUCGGAUUGUGAAGACAUAUAUGAUGGCGACGGGGGCGUCCCAGUAUCCCGCUUUGGGACCACACCCUAUCCCUAUGCACGUCCUGAAGACUUGUCCACAUAUGCUGAAGCAGAAGAUGUUUUCACCCAAGAAAUGGAGAGAUCUCAAUCUCUACUGUCUGAGAUAAACACUGGGGACAUGGAGUCAACGACAGAAGACGUGACCAGAGAGGAGUUUCUAAAAGAGAUCCAAUCAGCUGAGACGUUUCUCACUGAGAUAAUAACGAGACAAAGCAUACAGGAAGAAAGUCAUUCACCCGUAGCGAUAUCGCCCGAAUACGAGUCCGUAUGCAUUGACCCAACAUCCUCACCAACGAUAAAAUUUCAAUCCUUAGCUACACCUUUAAGCGACACGAAAGAGGCCAUUUAUGCCCAAGUUACCAAGAGAGCUAAAAGAAGUGAAAUAAAAGUUGCAGUGCGUCCAGAAAUGCCUGUUCUGCAAAUUGCAUCAGAGCUACAAAGCCUCAAAAAAGAGCCAAAUUUAUCCACUUAUGCUCAUCCAGCCAAGGAAGAAUCAGAUUCAAAACCCCAAAGCCCUGCUGACUUUGUUACUUCAGGCAUCCUGCCCAAAACAGGGCUUUUAAUGGACCAGACAUCUCCUGGGGUAACAGAGAGAACAGAUGCCGAGCUGAUCAACAUUGAAAAGGAAGAACCUCUCCGUAACGUUAGCUUAGAACUCCCGAGACGGUCUGGAGUCCAGUGUUCGUCACAGGAUGUCACGAGUAAGGACAUAACAGAAGCUAGCGAAGAUAGGAGUAUCUUGACUGGUAAAACUGAGAGCGUUUGGAAGGUUGUAGAGGGAAUCCAUGUGCAGGAUCCAUUGCUGUUCAGAACAGACUCGAGAGACGGUUCAUUUGAAAGUUCAGAACUUGGCGUAAAAGAGUCUACUUGUGUAGAUAUUCCCGAUCCUGCCAGUUUAUCAGAUACCAUUGCCUCCACAACUGAACAAGACUGUGGCCAAGUUAUACAAAUUUGUAAAAGCCAAGACUCCCCUCAGGUCUCCCAAAAGGAGACAUUGUUUAACUCCAGUGAGCAAGCUACUUUGAAUGACACAGAUUUCAAUAUAAGCACCAGAUAUGAUACUAAAGAACUAGACCCCCUAAAAGCAGGUAUCAGUACAACAGACUCGAUGUUAUCUCUUGGUGAAGAAAGCACUGAUGUGUUACCACUGUCCUUUGCCAGGGAACCAAACUCUGAACAAUCCCUAUCUACUAUUACACCCACAGACUCGACUAUGUCACCACUUACCUCUAGCUCUAUGGACUGCCUCACCCCUGGAGACUCGUGGGUUAAUGGCGGAGGCACUGGGUGGAGGAUCUUGGGUACCGAAACCCCCUAUCGAGAUUCUGCCUAUUUUUCAGACAGUGACUGGGAGGGUGGGGAAGGUUUGCCCAGAAGAGGUUCCGACGGAUUGGGUUCUUCUCGUCCAAGUAGUGGUCGAGCAGGUGACAGAGGUACACUGAUAGGAAUUGAAGAAAAGACUGAGGCGGAGGAUGACAUUCCAGAUGGCAAAUCGGUUAAAAUAUCACUUGACGCCAUAUUGGAUUCAGUGAAAAGCUUUACCGAAACGAGUUCUAAACACAAUCGCGAUUGUACCUUGCUUUCAGGGUUUGAGACUUCUGAGGUCUCAAAAACCGACAACAAUGCUCUCGACAAGUUGUUUUGUGCUAUUCAGGAUCCACCGCUAAAAGCGUUCCCAUGCACCAAUGCUUCCGUGUCUACUUUUCAAGUGUCUUCUGUCACCGAUUUAAGUGAGGAAAAUGAGGUUCAGAACAUGAAAUUGGCCUCCAAAACAAUAGUGCAACCUGUAGAAAAGGUCUACAAGCCAAACGUUGUGGAGGAACUUUUUGAAACUCAGGCCUAUUUGAAAGCAAAUGUGUAUGAAUAUGAAUCGAGGUACGUUUCAGAAGGUGAUGAAGUUCAGAAGGAAGCACUGAGGUCAGAAAAGCAUACACUAGAUAUACAAGACAGUGAUGCCAAUGAAUUGGGCUUGAGGAACCUUACUUUUACAGAAGAAACGGAAGAGCAAGAGGCGAGGUCAGAAGCCGAAAGCCAGUUAACUGAAGCUGAGCUUUGCUUCACCACGAAGAAAUCUCCGAACACCGAAUGGGAGCAGGAAGGCUCGAGAGACCUUUCUCAAAAGGAAUGUUUUGAUGACUUUGGGGAGGAUGCCUCAAAUGUGAAAGCAGAUGAAUUAUGGAAUGCUGUUGAAGAGUCUGGGUCCAUAAACAGAUCUCUGAAGGAAGCAGUAAUUUUUCAUCAACACCAGGAAGAUGAUCAUCCAAUCUGGAAAGUAGAAAAUGACCAGUGGGCGUCGGCUGAAAAUGACCAGUGGGCAUCGGCUGAAAAUAACACGUGGGUAUUCACUGAAAAUGACAGGAGGGCACCUGAUGAAAAUGCCCACUGGGCAUCCGGUAAAAAUGACCAGUGGCCUUCAGCUGACAAUGACCAGUGGGCAUCGACGGACAACGACCAGUGGUCGUCAGCUGAAAACGACCAAUUGGCAUCGACUAAGAGAUCUGAAAAAGAACUAGCGUCAGAAUUCUUUCUGUGUUCAGGACAGAACAAGUGCACAGAGGACGAGAUAUUUGGCACGAGCCAUGAAUUCUGGGAAACGGAAAACGAUGAAUUAGCAAAGAGUGAGCCUCAUCCCACCAUUAUGGAGACACAUGAAAGAACUUGGACCGACGGAAAGCAAAAAAGUCAAGAACGUCAACCAACAUUUUCCGGUCGGGCCGCGGACGCUCUCGAAACUCAACAAAGGAUGGACGUUCACCAGGAAGAGAACAAGGAGGAGCCUGACAUGGAAAAUGGAGAACCAGAAAACGGCACGAACGUAAAAGUGGAAGUAGAUAAUCUGGAGAACCCAGAGCAAGAGCUUCUCACUCACUGUAAUGGUGUCGGAAGGCGAAGCUCCAGUGAAUGCAAGGUGUACAUCCAAAAUGAGGCAGAAGAUGAAUUUUCAGGAGGUGAAGGAAAACAGAUCUCUAGCAGACCACAGAACAUCCUUGACGUUAAGAACGAGGCUGGAGAAAUAGAACACCGUUUUGCUGAUUUGGGAAGAUUUGAAGGCAUGAAGAUACAGACUGAGUCUCAUACCAAUCACAACAAUAACUGGGUCACGGCAACUUCUGAAACUGAUGAGGCCCUGGCCAUAAAUAAUAUUGUUAUUAAACCUCACUUAACUUCAGCAUUGCAAGACGCAUACUUCAGCCCGGACGUUGAGAGUAAUCACUGCCAAACAUCAAACAGUGAGACAGGCGAGGAUAUAUUUCAUGAAAAAGACAGAUCAAAUUCUCCGUCUUGUCCCGUUCUCACCACUAACGCUGAAGCAGAACCUUGCGCAAUCCACAGCAGCAACGUUCAGUGCUGCUCUCCUGCCUUAAUGUCUGUGGAUAUCUCGGACUGCGAUGCUUCCCAGCAUGCAGAAGCGACCGAUUGCCACGGCCCAAAUAAUUUCCCAAACACGGUGCACCAUAUAGAGAUCAAGUCUGGUCCCGCUGAUCAACCCUGGAUGGACGUCACUGACCACGAAAGUUUACUGGUCUUCUCUGACCAUGCCGAUCCCUUUGACCUAUCCUCAGCCGAAUGCUCGACCAGCACCCGCAGCAAAGGAAUUACCGCAAAUCUGGGACAAAAACCGUCACUGAUCGCUGAAAAUCAGACCCGUCUGGUAUCUGACUGCAUAAAUGAGGAUGAAACGAGGACUAGGAAGUCUCCCUCAGUGAUCUCUCAGAGCUCCUUGAACUCCAUCCCGGAGCUGCUCAUCUCGGAGUGGAAGGAUUUGGACGAGGAGGCUCUGGAGGACUUCGAAAAGCUAGAGAAGUUGUGCUGCAUUUCCGGAGAUGAAGAUAUCCUCGGAGACCUCUUGCUAGGAAACCUCGAACUACUCGAAUCCUUGAAGAAGAAUCGUCAGGCUUUCCCGAGCGCCAAGGAUGACCGAGAUGACUCCGGGAUUUCAGACGGCAAGACGAGAGUUGAGCCGAGUGAGGAGGUUCACGGAAUCGCGGACGAAUUGCAGAGCUCAGAAGAAAACGAGCUUCUACUAGAAAAGAAGGAGGGCGUGAAGAUCUCACCUGCAGUUUCACCAUGUCAGUUAAAUGAUGGCGCCAAGGGUCAGCGAUUGCUGUCGCAAAUGCCGGCUAAAAAUGGGCUGAUGAUGCAGGUUUGUGAAGAAAAACUGCAGUACUCCCUCAGUGAGAAUGUUCAAACCAACGUACUAUGGGGAUCUACCAUUACUGACAGCGUGAUCCUGCGUCCUUGGGCAGAAACCAGCGCCGGCGCUGCUGCCAACGACGGAGCCUCAACGGGAACCGAGAGUAAAGUUGAAGCAGUCCCAUGUAGCCCAGUUUUGGCCAAAAGUAAAGAUGGUGAAGUGGAAGUGGGGACGCUGAAAACCAUGGAGAAGGCUGAAGUCACACCUGAUCCACCUGCCGCUAACCAAGCUAUGAAAGCUAAACUGGCCCGCCUCUCCCUCUCUCUCCCCCCAUUGCCUCUCUCGCUUCCUCUCUCUCCCGGUUCCAAAGGAUUCUGGGAAGGAGGGGAAAGCAGAAUCAGCCGGAGAAGAGGCUUCUCGACAGGAAGCGAUCCCGAGGAGGACGAGGAGGACGAGGAGCAGGAGGACGAGGCCGCUACGAAGGUCAUCGUCGUCACGGAGACCGACGUUCACAAGCGGGUGGGGCUGCGGAGUUUGCUGAAGUCGCCAAAGGAGCCCGUCGACAAGGAAAACCGUGAGCACGGGAGGAACGUGUCCUUUUUCGACGACGUCACCGUCUAUCUGUUUGAUCAGGAAACGCCAACCAAUGAGCUGAGUUCGGGCUCCGCCCCUGCAAGUCCAUCUCCUACCGGAAAGCCCGCCCCCUUCGAUGGACACGCAGGACCAAGCGGGCACAAAGCCAGCAAGAACAAAGAGCACGCAAAGUCGAAAUCAGCACCGAGCUCAUCAGCAAUGUCAGCAUCAUCGCGCUUCACCGUCAGUCCCGCUGACGACCCUCAUUUAGUCUGACACACUUUGAUGCGCACACACACACACACACACACACAAACACACACACACCCUAAGGAAAUAUGUAGCGCUCUGGAGUGACGCUCAUCACCCGGAGGUUAUUUUUUUAAACUCGGACUCCUGUUUGUUUGUUUGUUUGUUUGUUUUUUCGAGGCUGGAGAAGAAAAAGAAGAAGAAGAAAAAAAAAGAAUUCAGGAACUUGUGUCUAAUCUGAAACUGAGUUCACGGCUAUGCAAUAGGAGCCUUGUUACGGUUGUACCAGCUUGACUGCUCUAUUUUCACGGCUUCUUAAAGUACAUUUGUAUUCUGUAUUCAGAAAGGGAAGCACUUUUGUUCGACCAGUACCUGUCUAUCUGUGAGCUUAAAUACAAGUGUUAGGCGUGUACCGACGUCACAGGUUACGACAUUAUCGCCGUAUCGUCGCGCUUCGGGUUUUUCCCACUGUGAAAUCCCACGUAGAUAGAUUCAUAUUUCUUAGUUUUUUUUUUGUAAUGUGUUUUACCAUGGUAACUAUAUCGGGACAUGAGAUAAAACGGGGAAGACUGUAAACAUCCCGUUUCUCCUGAUAAUUUAUUCAAACGUUUCGUAAGCGUCCGCUAGCAUCAAACAUCACAAUAUAUUGUAGACCCGAUGAUCGGCACGCGCCUAACAGUAAAUGUAAAUUUGUUCUCGUUGCAGUCGAGGUGAACCCAAAGCCUCUGUAUCUUAACAGUGCAGUGCUCUUUUAGUCUUUGUACAAGCGAAUAGUGACAUUACGGCAGUGUAUGAUCUCAUUUUAGGAUUUAUUUCAACUUUAUUCUUAGAUUGCACGCAAGAAGAAGGAAAAAAAAGAAAAUACUGCUACUACCUGUUCACAACUGAGUUAUGUUUUAUACAGUGUUUUAAUUGCGAAAUGUCAUUUAUUUAUUUGUUUGUUUGUUUGUUUGUUUGACUUUUAUCCCACCCCACCAACACAAAAAAUGAUAAUAAUAAUAAUAAUAAUAAUAAUUGCACAUUUCCUUUGUCUUGGAUGUUAUGCAUUAUUUUCAUCAGGUGCUACAUGCGUCAAAAGCCAGAUUAUUCCACCUCCAUAUAAGCUUCGCAAUAUUUUCUAUUAUUUACCUACUUCUUUACUAGAUGUUAGUCUGUAUCGACUUUGUCACAUUAUAGCGUGUCUAUUUGUAAAUGUUAUUUUGAACUGUGUUGGACACGUUCUUUACGUUAUUUAUGUUUAAAAGCAAUUUUAAAAAAACGAGAAAUCGUCCAAAAAACAAAAAAAACCCAACCCACGUGCGUUAGUUAGCGACACGCCGAUUCAUAUUUAAUUUGACAAAUCGGUGUCGGAGGUAGAAAAAAAAACAAAAAAAACAAAAAAAAAAUAAUAAAAUAAACAACCAGCUCAUUUGUAAAAAUGGAUU